AUGGCCACGCUGCUGCUGGGUGCGGCGCUGCUGGCGGCACAGCUACAGCUGGUGCCUUCCCGCCCCGGGGGCGCGCCCUGGGCGGACCCCGGAGCCCAGGAGCCAGUGUGGAAAGCAGCCACCUUGCUGGAUCAGGCCCCCCCGGACGGCGCUGUGGCCCCCAAUGGCUCUGCCAGGCAGCUCCCGCACACCAUCAUCAUCGGCGUGCGCAAGGGUGGCACCCGGGCGCUGCUGGAGAUGCUCAGCCUGCACCCUGACGUGGCGGCCGCCGAGAAUGAGGUGCACUUUUUCGACUGGGAGGAGCACUACCGCCAGGGCCUGGGCUGGUACCUCAGCCAGAUGCCCCUGUCCGCCCCGCACCAGCUCACCGUGGAGAAGACCCCCGCGUACUUCACGUCGCCCAAAGUGCCUGCGCGGGUGCACGGCAUGAACCCGGCCCUGCGGCUGCUGCUCAUCCUGCGGGACCCGUCGGAGCGCGUGCUGUCGGACUACACGCAGGUGCUGUACAACCACGUGCAGAAGCGCAAGCCCUACCCGUCCAUCGAGGAGGUCCUGGUGCGGGGCGGCCGGCUCAACGUGGACUACAAGGCGCUCAACCGCAGCCUCUACCACGUGCACCUGCGCAACUGGCUGCGCUUCUUCCCGCUGCACCGCAUCCACAUCGUGGACGGCGACCGCCUCAUCAGGGACCCCUUCCCCGAGAUCCAGAAGGUGGAGCGGUUCCUGAGGCUGUCCCCACAGAUCAACGCCUCGAACUUCUACUUCAACAAGACCAAGGGCUUCUACUGCCUGCGGGAUGGCGGGCGGGACCGCUGCUUGCACGAGUCCAAAGGCCGGGCGCACCCCCAGGUGGACCCCAAACUCCUCCAUAAACUGCACGAGUAUUUCCACGAGCCGAACAAGAAGUUCUUUGAGCUCGUGGGCAGGACCUUUGACUGGCACUGA